AUGAUAAGACAGGUGAGGAAAUUCCACAUAUGGUAUAGUGAGGCGUGGUUACGCCUUUAUAGCCGUGCUCAGAGCCAGGAGCUCAGGCACAAACAGGCCACGCACCAACAGACACGACCGAUGGCUGGAGAGGUGGAGCGUAACCGGGCGGUGGUGGUGUCCGUGUCCAGGUUUUAUCCCGGGGGGGAUCUGCGGGACAGACCCGGAGCCAAGAGGGACGCCAAGAGGCUCCACCGGACCCUCAGCAAGCUGGGCUUCAAGGUGGAGCUGCACAGCGACCUGAGCAGCGAGGAGAUAUACAAGCUGUUUGUGGAAGAGAGCAGGCGGCCCGUCAAGGACUGUUUCCUGGCCGUCCUGUCCUCUCACGGGGAGGAGGACCGUGUGUUCGGAGCUGAUGGGAAACCCGUCCGACUGUCUCGGAUCUUCGGAUAUUUUGACACUGAGUGCAUGGAGAAAAAGGCCAAACUGUUCCUCGUACAGGCAUGCCGGGGAGGGGCUCUGGAUGAUGGGGUGGAGGUGGACUCAGCUGGUGAUCCCACAGAGUUCAGCUUCUCACAGCAUCUCUCUGUUCCUGUAGAUGCUGCUGUGAUGUAUGCCACCCCACCAGGUUACGGAGCUAUCAUGGGCUACGGAGGAUCCGUCUUCCUGCAGACUUUCUGCACUUUAUUGGAGGAUGGAGGCCAUCGGAACCUGGAGCUGACUCGCCUGAUGACCCGUGUCUCCCACAGAGUGGCUUACACCUUCCAGGCCAAAGGUCAGGAGCUGCACGGGAAGAAAGAGAUGCCGUGCUUCCUGACACGACUGACCAGAGAGGUGUUCCCGUUUGCAGAGCCGGAGAAAGACGGGAAGGCCGCAGGAAUCUCGGCCACGUCACUGGGCGGCACUGAGAAACUCCGAACACGGAAGCCUUCCAUCAGUUAG